AUGUCCUCACUGCAAAGACGAAGUUCAAAACUUUUAUCCCUUCGCUGGAUCUAUCGCCCGGCAGUAUUUAGGCUAGCAUUACCACAGAGCCGAUUUAUUUCAGAAGGUGCAAAUACCAGCAACUCUCAAAGUAUCGAAAGCAGCAUCAAUGGCUUUCAGUCUGAAAAGGCACCACUUCGCGAACGUUUUUCACGAUGGGCCAGUCGGUUCUUGCCGAGAUCGACGUUGCGUGCCAUCGACAUGGUUGCUGCUGUUCAUCGGUUUUACCGUCAAGUGAUACAACAAUGCGACUACUCGCCAUCCUCUCUCACAACACAAUCGUGCUGGUGGUAUAAAGAAUGUGGACUGUCUAUGUCGUUUCAGUCAUGGUUCCAGGUGGCACAAUUGCAUAUUUGGCUUCUCACAACUCGUAUCCGAUGCUUCCCAAAGGACCAGGCAUCAGCGUUCUCGCAGGCACUCGCUGACGUGUUUUUUGAAGACAUGGAGCGGCGCAUGAGUCUUGACUUCGAAAUACACAGUAACCGUAUGGUUCAAACGUACUUAAGAGACUUUAACCAGCAGCGAUCGGGCGCCGUGUAUGCGUACGAUCAAAGCUUCUUAAGCGGUGAUGCUGAGAUGGCUGCCGCUGUCUGGCGAAACUUAUUCCGCUCGUCUGAGGAAGUAGACAUGCGCCUGCUUGCUCUCAUUGUGGCAUAUAUACGUGCAAACGUAACACACCUAAGCAAUCUUUCGGAUUCAGUCCUAAUGAAUGAGACGCCUCAACUGUUUAUCCCUAUCAACUCGUUGGAAAAUGCCGUGCACCCUGAAAAUGCAUAG